AUGGCAGGCAAGUGCUGCAAGUCUGGUUUCCUCGAAGCGACGGUAAAUACAACAGUCCCGGCUCCAAUCGUCGUCGGACCUAGUCAAUACUGGGAAGGCAACGAUGGACCUUGGUCAACUUUCACAGUCCAGGUCGGAUCACCGGCCCAAGAUGUCCGGCUUUUGAUCUCUACUGCGGGAACCUCAACCUGGGUCGUAGUUCCAGAAGGCUGUACGACAGAUGACCCUUCGAACUGUCCAGAUCUCCGAGGUCAAGAAUUUGUGAACCACUCUUCAACGACUUGGCAGUUUGACAAGUUCUAUACUUUUGGAGUGGACGAGAACCUGGGAGUAGAUGGUAGUGCGGAAUAUGGAUUCGACAAUGUGGGGAUCGGAUGGCAGGGUAGCAGCGGAGCAACAAUCUUGAACCAUCAAAUUGUUGCUGGGUUUGCGGCACAGGAACUUUGGCUGGGACUAUUCGGACUCAAUCCAAGACCAAUCAACUUUACAGACUUCAAUGACCCGCAGCCGAGUUUCGUGCAGUCGUUGAAGAACAAAUCGAUGAUCCCCAGUUUGACUUGGUCAUACACUGCUGGCGCACAAUAUCAGUCCGAGGGUGUGUCUGGAAGUCUUGUAUUUGGAGGUUAUGAUGCUUCGAGAGCAGGGUCCACGAACAUGAGUUUUGCUUUCGGUCCUGAUCAGUCCAAAGACCUCACUGUUGGCUUGCAAUCCAUAUCUGGCUCAAUCGCAGGGCAGAAGCAGUGGGAUCUCCUUCCUCAAGGGAUCUUUACCUUCAUCGAUUCGACUACACCGUAUAUUUGGCUUCCGUUAGCUUCAUGUCAAGCAUUCGAGAAAGCGUUUGGAUUGGUCUGGAACAAUACCAUUGGCUUAUAUCUUGUGAACGAUACCCUGCAUGCAAAGUUGUUGAACCAAAAUGCAAGCUUUGACUUCAAGAUUGGGAAUACAACAGCUGGAGGUUCAACGAUCGAUAUCACACUUCCAUACGCGAGCUUCGACUUGACUGUGGGGUAUCCUAUAGUGCCGAACAAUACGAGAUACUUUCCAAUCAUCAGGGCUGCUAAUGAUACCCAGUAUACUCUUGGACGAACGUUCUUGCAGGAAGCCUAUCUUACAGCAGAUUAUGAACGCUCUCAAUUCUACCUUUCGCAAGCUAAUUACGCAGGAGCGCCAGAGCAUAUUAUUGCCAUUCCAUCAAUCAACGCAACGACGCCACUUGGCAAUACACCAUCAAAACCACCAAGCCCUUCAAGCCCGCCCCUCGCCGCAAUCAUCGGCGGCGUAGUUGGCGGUAUCAUACUGAUCGUCAUUGCCAUUUGUGCAUACCUCUUCAUACGACAUCGCCGCCGCAAAGCAAAGAAGGAAGAAGUCCCACCCUCACCCAAGGAAGAAGAUGACUCCUAUCCCUUCGACAAGAAAGUCCAACCCGAAGAGCCACCUCUCCCAGCAGAAGUAGACGCCGGUCCCAUACGCCCCAUAUCUGAGGUCCCCGAUUCCUCCUCUCCCCGCCACGAACUCGCGUCUCCGCUUCCGUCCGUGAUCUUCGAAAUGCCCGGCGACUUCCCCACAGUCCCAGAACUAUCAUCACCAGAUGGACGUUUGGGCUCAGAACAAGAACUCCCGUCUCCAGAUGGUCGUCUCUCGCCGGCGAUUUCAGAUUUCCCUUCUCCGCUUCUUGGGCGGGCGUCGCUGGUAUCGUACUCGCCUGAUGGCCGAGUUUCGAGGGCAAUCUCGAUGUCGGAAGUUUCGUCGGGCGGAGGAGAUGAUCGUAAAUUUUCGGAGGUGCCGUCGCCGGUUGAGGGACUGUCUCCUGCGUCGUCGACGCAGGUUUCUCCUGUUGUGAGGCAAUCGAGGGUUAUGACGGAAUUGUUGAAGACUGUUGAGGAUUUUCAGGAGCCUGAUGAGUGAGUGGAUGUUGAGACAAGUAGUUCGUUUCGAUUUGUUUGUAUUGGCGUUAGGAAAAAGUUCUAUGUCAGACUAUCUCGAGCCUUGUCCACCAUAUUUUGAUCUUCUAUUGGUAAUCCGGAAUGCUGCGUCAGGGCAAAGGACUUACCUUCCCAAAAUGAUACUUUUAGGCGAUUGGAACGCUCACAU